UAAAGCCAUAAUGGAGAAAGAAGAAGCACAGUCAACGCGAACCAUUGACCUGGAUCCCGAUCACGAGUUUCGAUUCGAAGUUGAUUUCAAUGUUAAAGUCCAAAUCAAGCUUCUCAAAGGUACUGCCGAAAUCUUUGGUACCGAACUUGCAAUGAAUGUACCUUAUACAUUCAGUGGUCGAAAGGCUGCUGUGUACACUUGGCAUGGCUGUAAAAUUGAGGUCAAGGGACAGUUUUUAGUAGAAUAUACAGCCAACGAAACUCCAAUGACUAGUUACUUUAAUGCACAUAUGGCUAUUCAGCAAAUGCGUGAAAAGGCUAAGCGAGAUGGAGAGAGGGGUCCACGUGUACUAGUGAUCGGCCCACACGAUGUUGGUAAAACAUCUUUGUGCAAAACAUUGGUAAGCUAUGCCUUGCGCCAGAACGAAAAGCCGAUUUAUGUAUCUUUGGACACUUCUGAGGGAUCUAUUACCAUGCCAGGAACGGUUACAGCUACAUGUAUUAGUCACAUCAUUGAUAUUGAAGAAGGAUUUGGAUCUUCGGCUACAACAGCUGCCAAUAUGGGAGCACCUACGAUCCCAUUAGCUUAUUAUUAUGGCUAUGAAAAUCCAAGUGAGAACGUCAAGCUCUAUAAACUCAUUGUGUCUCGUUUAGCCAAUGCGGUCAAAAGCCGUAUGUCUACAGAUGAUGAAACCAAGACAUCUGGUUACAUUAUUGAUACUAUUGGCCUUAUUGACCAUCUUGGCUACGAAUUAAUUCAGCAUAUUAUUGGGGAGCUCGAAGUUAAUGUGGUUAUUGUACUCGGCCACGAACGUCUGUACAGUGAUAUGACCCGAAUUCUCAAAGACAAGUCUCACAUUGCGAUCGCCAAGCUUACCAAGUCUGGGGGUGUAGUUGAGCGUGAUCGCCAGUUCAAGUCCCAGCUCCAACGUAGCAAAAUUCAAGAAUACUUUUAUGGUACACCCAAAUACGAACUUUCUCCUUACUCGAUGUUGGUGAAUUUUAGCGAUAUCAGUAUAUGGCGAGUUGGAGAAGCUAUGGCUCCCUCUUCUGCAUUACCUAUUGGCAUGGAUAGCACUGAGAAUGAGACAAGGAUGGUCAAGGUUGAGAAUCUCGACAUGUGUCUUCAUUCUAUAAUGGCUGUUCUGAGCGCUCCGGAUGAUAUUCCGGAUAAUAAACUGCUGGAUUGUAAUGUUGCAGGUUUCAUUUACAUUACUGAUGUUGAUGAAGAAAAACAAAAGGUGACCAUUCUAUCUCCUUCCCCAGGACGACUUCCUCGCCGUCAUGUGUUGAUGGGGUCUUUUAAAUGGAUGGAAGAGUAAUGUAAAUAGAAUAAAUAAAGCGUGAUUGUGUGGCAUAUAUAGAUAUCACAUUGUGUUUAUAUAGCAGCCACUUUCGAAAUAAACCAACUAGCACUAUGGAACAAAGGGC